AUGUCUCGAACACGCCAACCAAUGGCGUCAAAUCUGUUCCAAACCACCACAGAGUCCCCACAAGACUCCUCAACUGCCCACAUUCCCACAACCCUCAGAUUACGGGCUGAGGAAGCACCUACUGAUGCCAGCGAAGCAACAUCGUCUUCUCGGCGAAUCAGAUGGAGUGAAGAUGUUUAUGCUGCAUCUACCACAAAGCUCGGCCAGUGGGAGAAAGUAGCUCAGAAGAAUCUUCAUCCAGCUCAUCUGAGAGUGACAGCGAGAGUGAAGACGACCGUCGCACCGCCAGAGUCAACCGGGCUCGCCACACACACUCACACAACGGAGAGGCGGGAACCCCACGGCGAGCACGCGUCCCACCCCGACGAAGGGUGUUGCCCCGAAGACCACGGCUCUAAACCGAAACGCAAUCGCAGGAAGCCGAGUCCGAAUGCAUAUGAGAAGAUGCCUAAGCCGUCGAAGAAUCCGAAGCAGAACCAAAAUCAUGCGCGCGGUACUUGA